AUGACCGUGGAAGUAGCAGUUUUACCCAACAUCAAGGAAACGCUAGUACGUUCUCUAAAACAAUCAGGCCAUGUCGGUUUCGACAGUUUGCCAGAUCAAUUGGUGAAUAAGAGUGUAGAAAAUGGUUUUGCCUUCAAUAUUAUGUGUGUCGGAGAGACUGGUUUGGGAAAAUCUACUCUAAUGGAUAGUCUCUUCAACACUAGCUUCGAGUCUACAGCCAGUCCUCAUACGUUGCCCAAUGUCAAACUAAAGGCCCACACCUAUGAGUUGCAGGAAAGUAAUGUGGGACUAAAACUGACCAUUUGCGAUACAGUGGGUUAUGGUGAUCAAAUCAAUAAACAUGAUUCUUUUAUAUCGGUGGUGGACUAUAUAGAUGUGCAGUUUGAGUCGUAUUUGCAAGAGGAGUUGAAAAUUAAACGAUCAUUGGUAGACUACCAUGACAGCCGUAUACAUGCUUGUCUCUAUUUCAUUUGCCCCACGGGUCAUGGUCUGAAGUCAUUGGAUUUGGUGUGCAUGAAACAGUUGGAUAGUAAGGUCAACAUAAUACCCAUCAUAGCCAAAGCCGAUACCAUAUCCAAGGCGGAGUUGCAAAGAUUCAAAGAGACUAUAAUGGACGAAUUGAAACGCAAUGAGGUGCAAAUUUAUCAGUUUCCCACAGAUGAUGAAACAGUGGCCGAUACCAACAGUGCCAUGAAUAAUCAUACGCCCUUUGCCGUGGUCGGCAGUACCGAUUUCGUUAAGAUCGGCAGCAAACAAGUAAGAGCCCGCCAAUAUCCAUGGGGCACUGUGCAAGUGGAAAAUGAAACUCACUGUGAUUUUGUCAAGCUAAGAGAGAUGUUAAUACGCACCAAUAUGGAAGAUCUGCGCGAACAAACUCACACCAAACACUAUGAGUUGUAUAGACAAAAGCGUCUUCAAGAAAUGGGUUUCAGCGAUGUGGAUGUUGACAAUAAACCCGUUUCCUUUCAAAAAACCUUUGAGGUUAAACGUACCAAUCAUCUGAGUGAAUUGCUGGCUAAAGAGGAAGAGGUGCGUCAAAUGUUUGUACAACGUGUUAAGGAGAAGGAAUCCGAGUUGAAAGAGUGUGAACGAGAAUUGCAUUCACGUUUCGAUAAGUUGAAGAAGGAUCAUGCUGAAGAGAAACGCAAACUGGAGGAAACUAGACAAAGACUAGAGGAUGAAUAUUUGGAAUAUACUACACAUAAGAAUUACUACGCGGCAUCACAUAACACCAUGACGUUGGGGAAAAGUCGCAAAAAGUGA